AUGAAGUUCUACACCUCUGCCCUCGCUUUGGCCUCAUGUGCCACCGCCAUUGUUGUCCCUGCUGGCUCUGCGCCCAAGUAUGACGUUGAUGUUGCCAUCAUCGGCGGUGGAUCUUCUGGCAUUCAUGCUGCCAUCAACCUUAAGGAUGAUGGCCUGAAGGUUGCCGUUAUCGAGAAGCAGCAUCAGAUUGGUGGCCACGCCCAGACAUAUAUCAAUCCGGUGACCAAGAAGCAUACAAACAUUGGAGUUACUGUUUUCGAGAAUACCAAGACUGUGCAGAAGUACUUUUCUCGUCUUGGUGUGGCUACGGGCACCAACAACAACCUCUUGACUGCCAAGACCUCAUACAAGCAGUAUGACUUCACUCUCGGUAUCCCCAUCCCUGCCCAGUCGGAUUCCCAGGCUGCUGCCACCAGUCAAGCUUUACAAGCCGCUUUGCAGGUGUAUGCUCAGAACGUCCUCCCUAGGUACCCCUGGAUUGACCAAGGCUAUUUCAUUCCCAACCCUGUUCCCGAAGAACUUCUUAUGCCUUUCGGAGAGUUCGCCAAGCAGAACAACUUCAGCGCCAUUGUUCCUCUCAUCAGUCAGCUGAACUGGUAUACGGGCAACACCACCGCUCUCCCAGCCAUUUAUGGUCUCAAGAACUUCGGGCCCGGCCUACUUCAAGCUGCUACAACCGGCUUCCUUGUCUCCGCUUCAGGUGAUACUAGAGAUCUCUACACGGCUGCUGCCUCUGUGCUCGGAGACAGCGUCUACCUGAACUCGGAGGUUAUCAAGGUUCAGCGCAAUGCUCCCGGCAAGGGCGUCGUUGUAGUCUUCAAGCAGAACGGCAAGAUCAUCACCCUCAAGGCCCGCAAGCUAGUUGUUGCCAUUCCCCAGACUCGGGCCAACACCAGGGUUUUUGACCUAUGCGACAAGGAAAGGGCGCUUUUCACCAGGUUCAAGGCUCUUGGAUACGUUUGCGGCAUUGCUCACAUUCCAGGCGUCGAGACAGGCCUUCAAAACGUUGGCGCACUCACACCUUCCAACCUCCCUCUGGCCCCCGGAGCCAGCGGUUUCUUCCCAACUGGCUCACCCAACGACUUCCUCGUUGAUGUGGGCUCCCCCGAUGACGGUUUCACCCCUGCUGACGCCGAGGCUCUCAUGCGCGAGGAACUCGCCACUAUUGCUCGUCUCGGUGGCAUACCAGCUGAUGCACCAAAGAAGGCCACAUUCCCCGUGCUCGAGUCUCAUGCCCCCUUCUCUCUUCAUGUCACUGGCCACGACAUCGCUCAAGGCUUCUACCGUGAUCUCAUUGCGCUUGAGGGAUACCGUAACACUUACUGGACUGGUGCUGCUUUUGCUGGACACAACAGCGGUUUGAUCUGGAACUGGAACGACGGUACAGUUCUGCCCGCCAUCAAGAGGGAUCUUGAGCUUGAGACUUCACUGUAG